AUGCGCUCUUCAUCUUCCUACCUACCGCUGGCAGCUAGCCUUGCAACAGCAUCCCCUCUUUAUGAAUCCCCUCUCACUAUUCCCAACUGGGGAACAGUGCAAGGAAAAGCCGCACUCAACAGCUCUGUUGCCGCCUAUGUUCCCAGUUGGGCCGACAUAUCCUUCUUUGGUGGAAUUCCCUUCGGUGCUUCUACUGGCGGAGCAAAUCGAUGGGCGCCACCAAAACCCGCAUCUCCAUGGAAUGGUACACUCGAUGCUUCGGACUUUGGCCCGAUUUGUCCUACAUCCAACAUGGCUCUCACUCAAUAUGAUAUGAGUGAGGAUUGUUUGUCCAUCAAUAUUUGGACUCCUGCUACUUCCAGCGAUGAGAAGUUGCCUGUUGCUUUUUGGAGUUAUGGAGAUGGAACGGCACCUCCUCAGUCUCAGUUUAAUGGAGGAGGUAUGGCUGGAAAGGGUGUUGUUUUUGUCACCUACAACUACCGAAACGGUGUGUUAGGGUUUUUAGCUGACUCCCGUCUCACCGAAGAAUCUGGCAACAGCUCUGCAGGUAGUAAUUCCACCGGCAAUUGGGGAGUUCUUGACCAAUUUCUCGCCAUCAAAUGGGUCCACGAGAACAUUGCCGCCUUCGGAGGCGAUCCAGAUCACAUCACCGUAAUGGGACAAUCUUUCGGAUCUGCCGCUACCUACCACAUUGUCAACAGUAAUCUCACAGCCGAUAACGGUAUCGUAGGUGCUAUAUCCGAGUCUGGUGUACGUUCACCAAACGAUGUUUAUACCAGCUACAUUGCGCUCUCAUAUAUCAAUCAGACCGCUGCUGAAGUUCUUGGAGCCGAAGCUUUUGAGGCUCUCAAUGUCACAACUGUCGAAGAAGCUCGAGCACUUACAUAUGAAACCAUCAUUGCGAACACUGGAGCUCAAGAUCAACAAGUUAAACCUGUACUUGAUUAUUAUGCCAUCCCCGAGAAAUACAUCGAAACACUCCGCGACGGAGCCGGAAACCCCGUUCCAUAUAUCACUGGAGGAAAUUCAGAUGAAUACGGUGUAUCCGAUACCUUCACAACCACCGCCGCCGAUUAUAAGCAGUAUGUCGCAGUUCUUGAGCCUUAUCCCGCCGGAAACGAUACUCAAGCAUCGCUUUCUGAAACCGCUCUUGUUCGUGACCAAAGUACUGUCUCUUGCUGGCAAUGGAUGAACGGAUAUACCAACUCUUCCGGUGGUGUCAAUGGCUACACAUAUUUCUGGAACUACCACCCACCCGAUGUUGGAACUGCAUCCCACGGUAGUGAGAUUGUCUACGCAUUGGGAAAUCUCUGGGCUCAAACUGGUGUUAACUACACUGCUGAGGAUUAUUAUGUUUCCAACGUGUUGAGUAGUUACUGGGCCAACUUCGUCAAGACUACUGAUCCGAACUCUGGAGAUUCUUAUAACAAUGGUACUUUGCCUGCUAUUUGGGAGCCUAACUCUUCUACAAAGAGAGAGACUUUCAAAGUUGGAGCUGAGUAUGGUAUGAUUGCCGUUGCAGCAUCGCUUGCUAAGAUUGAGGCUUUCCUCAAAUGGUUUGCUGACACCCAGCUAUCUAAGUGA